AUGCCUCCUACAUGGAGCCCGGGCCAGCGCCAGACGGCGUCACCGAGGCCGCGGCUCGAAGCUUCGAGGCCUUCGGCCCUGUUGCACCCGGAUGGCUUCAGCGGCUCACAAGAGACCGGCCAGUUUCCGCGCACAUCGAGGUCGAUUCAACACGGUCUUCUGAGCAAGGAAGGUCUGCAGAUCCUGCGUUGGGCUCUGCCAAGCCUAUUCUUGCUCGUUGGCCUUUUCGCAGAGAAUGUUGGGCUCUACUUCGCCACGCAGAGAUACGUCCGAUGGAUGGAUGAGUUGCACAAGCCGUCGAACGAUGCGACGGCGGCAGCGGCCAGUGCGCUGGAAGGCGGUACCCUGCGUGGUGCCAGGUGGCUCAGCUCGGAUGUUGGCUUCAUGUCGCUGUUGCUGGAAUCUAUCACGGACAUUCUGCCGAUACUUUGCCUUGGACUAAUCUGGCGCCUGGGUGACAUGCGACUCUGGUGUCAGACGACCUUUGCUGGAGCUUUGCUGAUGAUGCUGAAGGGCUUUGUUUCGUGGGCUACGGUCGUACCAGACGCCCAGGGAUGGAAGGCAUGCAAAGACAGAUUGGGCAUCGACGGGCUGCGCUACUUUCGGGAGGAUCGACUGGUUGUGGAUAUGUUGGCUGACAUCGUGCUCCUUGAGGUUAGAGGCUUUUGGUUCGCACGUUCGAGGCGGAGACUGUGUGCAGAUGCAACGUUCAGUGGUGCCACAAGUUUGUCAGUGCUUUUUUGUACCAGUCUUUGUGAGGCAAGCAUCAUAUUAUCGUCGGGAACUUCGCAGCGCAGUCCGGAAGAGGCAGAUGCUCUUCUACCAGCAAUAGCGCAGUGCAUGAGGUAUCUGCUGGUUGCGUUGACGGUUGGAAACCUGGUGGUACCGGUGCUUGAAGGGGCACAACGUGCCGAAGCUGUUGCCCUUGGAGUAGUCGUGGCAAUUGCUGUUAGCAACAGCCCCGUCUUGGCAUUGACGGUGGACUCUUGGUGCCGCAGCUGGCCAGCGGAAGAUGCUGCCGCGCCUGGCUUGGCUGAUACGACGCCAUUGUCACCAACUUCCACUGCUGCGCUGAUGGGGUUCGCCAGGUUCACCGGCGAGGAGGACGUGGAGCACACCCUGGUGGACUUGGGCAAGGUUCUGAUCCCACCGCCGUGGCCGGUCGGGCGGGAGUAUUGCUAUCUUCGGCAGCAUCCCCUUCCGGAAGCAUCUGCCCAGAAGGAGGGUGUUAUGCAGCAGCUUCUGGCGAUCCUCCGCCAGUCCCAGGAGCAGCUUGCAAAGAAGGAGCAGAAGAAGCUGGAGAUGCUCAAGAAGGAGCAAGCUGACGAGCUUGUCAGCGCGCAGCGUUCGGACCGGUUUGCUGAGCAACGCAUUCAGGAGGCUUUAUCUGAUCAGCAGAGAUUGCUCAACAGCCGAGCAAGAAGGAAGAGAACCCAGACGAUGGACUUUCGUCAGAGCGGACCUUCCGCCGAUGGACUGCUCCUUGCGAGUGCGAUGAGCGCGAUGAAGCCAAGUCGUUCAGAAGGCUAUCUCUGA